UUAAAACUAUUUGACCUAACCCGAAACAGACCCGAUCAACCGCUUUGACGGGUCUACUUAAAAUGCAUCCAGAUCAAUAUGGGACGUGGAGAAAGAAUGUCCGCAACUCCUGCCUCUCAUACGAACCACAAACAAAAUUCCAAAUGGUCAUCUAUCACCUUACUACCCCUUCCUCAAGUAAAGGAGAACGCAACAAGUAGAACAUUCUUGACACCAAAACACCCCAAUAUAAUCUCAAUCAAUUUUACAUUUUACCCAAAUCAUUUCAUAAAAAACCCAAUUCAAAACUACCCAAAAAUCCUUAAACAAAAAUGGGUAUGAUCUUGGGCAAAAUCACAGUAGAAACCCCAAAACAUGAAGUAUUACAAUCAACAAACGAGUAUGAAAUACGCAAGUACCCAUCAUCAGUUAUAGCCGAAGUAACAUAUGAUCCAACCCAAAUGAAUGGCAACAAAGAUGGUGGGUUCACCAUAUUAGCCAAUUACAUUGGUGCUUUGGGUAAUCCUCAGAACACCAAAGCUGAAAGCGUUGCUAUGACAGCCCCAGUUGUAACACAAUCUAAGGCCGUGGAUGUCGGGGAGAAGAUAGCUAUGACAGCCCCAGUUGUAACAAAAGAGCAAAGGAGUGGCGAUAGCGAAGGCGGGGAAAAGAAGAUGGUGACAAUGCAGUUUAUAUUGCCUGAUAAGUAUAAAAGAGUUGAAGACGCGCCGAAGCCGUUGGGUGAGAGGGUGGUGAUUAAAGAAGAAGGGGAAAGGAAGUAUGGUGUGGUGAAGUUUAGUGGAGUUGCGAGUGAUGGUGUGGUGAAGGAUAAGGUGGAGGGGUUGAGGGUUGCUUUGGAGAAAGAUGGGUAUAAAGUGAUUGGGGAGCAUUUGUUAGCUAGAUAUAAUCCUCCUUGGACUUUGCCAUUUUUGAGGACUAAUGAAGUUUUUUUACCAGUUGAGUGAGAGAUUAAAUUAGAAUAGGUUGUAAUUUAUGAAUUUAUUUUUUUUUUAAUUUUUUUUUUUUUUUUUUUUUUUUUUUUUUUUUUUUUUUUUUUGUGUGUGUGUGUGUGUUUUGUGAAACUAUGAAGUAUAAAUCUUUUUUUGUCUUAAUCAAUUGUAAUUUGCAUUUUUUUAGCAUAUUUUUCUUGAUGUAAUAAUUGUAAACACAAACAUGCAACAAAGUGCAAUAUGCUAUUAUGUAUGCCAUGCCAUUAUAUAAUGGCUUAUUGCACUUAGUUGCAUGUAAACAUAAACUCAAAUAGCCACAAUCGGACCCAUUAUGAAAUGAAUAAUUCAUUAUGUGAAUAACAAGCUUGUGGACAACAAACUUAGAUAUAAACUCAUAUAUUAACUUAUUCAUAAACAAUAGAUUCGGAUAAUAACAAACCGACUUAAAAUUGAACGAAUGAUAAACUAUGUAAGUAUGAACUAGAUGAAUAAAAAAUAAGUAUAUUUGGAGACUUAGUUAUUAUGUAUAAAAGUGUCCAUAUUUUAAUUUUACAAUAAUUUUGAAAUAUUGGUUAAUUUGUAAUUAAAUAGUUUUAUAAUAACAACAAAAUAACUAUUUUGGGUCCAUUUAGUAUGAGUCUACUCAACUAUAGCUAAAAGACUUCCACAAAAAACAGUUUUGCUUUAGCCAAACUCUUCCUUAUCUUCCUUAUACACCUUACAAAAUUUAAACACAUUACCUCAGCUUUGUCCUUUGUAACCUCUAAUCUAUUCUAUUAUUUCACAAAAUAAAACAAACAAAUUAAAAAGAGAAAGAAAAAAAAAAAAAAAGAAGUAUGGC